CAUGGGCUUAUUAAAGUCAGUGGGUAGAACCAUAAACACUCAAAGAACCAUUUGCAUGGUUGAAUGGUUCAUUGAAUGGUGAAAUGGUUCCUCGGGUUGACACGGAGUCCCAUAUUUAUAGGUCUAUAUUGGUUAUGCUGUUAGGAUGUCAAGUUUGUAACAGAAGAACCCUUUUAGGUCCUAUAUAGAACCAUUUACAAUACAUUCACCAUCAAACAGAACAUUGAUUUUACCAUGCAUAGAACCAUUUAAGCCUGCAAAUGAUUCUUUGACGUGUUAAUGAUUCUAUAUAGGAACUGUAGUUACUAAAGAACCAUCUUUUUAAAGAGUGCAUAAAAGUGAUAAACCAGUGUUCAUCAACCCUGGUCCAGGAGAUCUACCUUCCUGUGCAGUGCAGUUCCAUCCAUGAUCUGCUGCAUCUGCUCCAGCUAAUUAAUUUCUUCAGAAGUCCUUGAUUGCCUGGAUCAGAUGCAUUAGUGCUAGGUAAGGGAGGACAAUGCACUUUGUAACUAAACUCUGCAAGAAGGUACACAUCCAAGAGUAGUGACUACCCCUGUACACUUUGAGGCUUUCCCUCUUCCCACAGCUUCAGGGAUAACUGGGGCUACUGUUCACAUGAACAAUAUAAAAUGCCCAAACUCGGCUGCACAUACCUGAUAAUGUCCAUUCACUCAAUGCAAGAGGUCUGCUGCCAUUUGUUGCCAAGAACCUGAAGAAAUGGAUGAUGUCCUGGUGCAAGUCCUCUCCUGCUUCUAGUGUCCACCUUCCUGCAUGGUUUAAACUUAUCUCCACAAGCACAUCAGGAGAUGUCAACAAGAGCAAUACAUCUCACUGCUGGGAUCCAGAGACAAUACAUAUGAAACAUGGCAUCCAAAACAAGCUUCUGUACUCACCAACCAUCCUCUAGUACUGUCUGUUCUGAAACAUCUGAGAGAAGAACGCAGGAUAAUACGUACAAAAGGAAAACUCACCGCUGCUCAGACUGCGGGAGGACUUUUAAUCAAAACAGCAACGUCAAAGCACACCAGCGAAUUCACACUGGAGAGAAACCAUAUCAGUGCUCGGACUGUGGGAAGAGCUUUAAUCAGAAGAGUAAUCUCAAAGCACACUGGCGCGUUCACACUGGAGAGAAACCCUAUCACUGCUCAGAGUGUGGGAGGAGUUUUAAUCAGAAGAGUAAUCUCCAACGACACCAGUGUAUUCACACUGCAGAGAAACCGUAUUACUGCUCGGACUGUGGGAAGAGUUUUAAAAAGAAAGGAACUCUCAAAAUACACCAGCGCGUUCACACAGCAGAGAAACCGUACCACUGCUCACAGUGUGGAAAGAGUUUUACCCAGCAUUGUAGUCUCCAACGACACCAGCGCAUUCACACUGCGGAGAAACCGCAUUGCUGUUCGGAGUGUGGGAAGUGUUUUACCCUGCAGAGCUGUCUACAACGGCACCAGCGCAUUCACACAGGAGAGAAACCGUAUCACUGCGCAGAGUGUGGGAAGAGAUUUAGUCAACAGGCUCAUCUCCAGCGACACCAGCGCAUUCACACCGGAGAGAAACCCUGUUACUGUUCGUACUGUGGAAACAGCUUUAGAGACAGAAGUACCCUCAAAAAACACAAGCACGUUCACACAGGAGAGAAACCGUAUCAGUGCUCCAAGUGUGGGAGGAGUUUUACUCAACAGAGUAUUCUCCAGCAACAUGAGCGCAUUCACACGGGAGAGAAACCGUAUCGCUGCUCAGAGUGUGGGAAGAGUUUUAGCCAACGGGGUCAUCUCCAGUUACACCAGCGCAUUCACUCUGGAGAGAUGCCGUAUUACUGCUCAAACUGCGGGAAGAACUUCAGACAUCCAAACACUUUAAAGAGGCACAAAUGCAUUAAGAGGGAGGCGGAAACAUACGACAUAUGUUUGCCAGAAAGCAGCUGUAACAUGCUGUCCAGUGCUCGGCAGAUGACCUCUGGCACUAAUGACCAUCUCAGGCAGAAGGAGAACAACACUGGCAGCAGGAGAUCUCUCUGCUGUUCCCAGUGCGGGAGGAGCUUUACUCAGCAGUGUAAUCUCCAAAGGCACAGACGCAUCCACACAGGAGAGAAGCCGUAUCGCUGCUCAGACUGCGGGAAGAGUUUUAACCAGCUCAACGGACUCCAAACACACCAGCUCAUCCACACAGGAGAGAAGCCGUACUGUUGUUCAGAGUGCGGGAAGCGUUUCCGGGAGAGAGGGACGCUGACCCGGCAUCAGCGCAUUCACACUAGAGAAAAGCCCUAUUGCUGCUCAGAGUGUGGGAAGAGCUUUAAUCAGCAGAGUCAUCUUCAGCUACACCAGCGCAUCCACACCAGGGAGAAGCCGUAUCAGUGCUCAGAGUGCGGGAAGAGCUUUAACCAGCAGAGCCACCUGCAGGUCCACCAGCAGAUUCACACCGGGGAGAUGCCGUAUUACUGCUCCGACUGUGGCCGGAACUUCAGGCAUUCCAAUACUCUAAAGACACACAAAUGCAUUAAGAGGGAGGAAGAAACACACGGAAUAUGUUUAUCCGUGACCAGAAAGAAUGAUGUCCUGAGCCCAUUUUCACAGUUCGCUUUCAUACACCAUUACAAUUUACAUCCACAAACACAUCAAGAGAUGCCUAAAACCCGUAACAGGAAAAAGCGGAAGAUUGCCGGCAAGAAGAGAAGUCACCACUGUUCCGAGUGUGGAAAGAGUUUUGUUAUAGAGAGUCAACUCAAAACACACCUUCGCUUUCACACAGGAGAGAAGCCGUAUCACUGCUCAGAGUGUGGGAAGAGCUACACUAUCCAGGGUCAUCUUCAACGUCAUCAGCGCAGUCACACAGGAGAGAAGCCACACUGCUGCUCGGAGUGCGGGAAGAGCUUCAGUCAACAGGCCAGUCUGCAGACACACCAGCUCAUUCACACAGGAGAGAAGCCACAUUGCUGCUCAGAGUGUGGGAAGAGCUUUAGGGAGAAAGGCACCCUGAGAAGGCACCAGCGCAUCCACACAGGGGCGAAGCCGUAUCACUGCUCAGACUGUGGAAAGAGUUUUAAUCAGCCGAGUACUCUCCAAGCACACAAACGCAUCCACACGGGAGAGAAGCCGUACAAGUGCUCAGAGUGUGGGAAGAGCUUUACUCAGCACAGCAAUCUCCAGGUUCACAUGCACAUUCAUGUAGGAGAGAAGCCGUUUCACUGUUCAGACUGCGGGAAACGCUUCGCUAUGCAGAGCAUUCUCCAAAUACACCAGCGCAUUCACACAGGAGAGAUGCCGUAUUACUGCUCGGAGUGUAGGAAGAGCUUCAGGCAUUCGAACUCCUUAAGGACACACAAAUGCAGUAAGACAGAGUCAUGAUGUCAGUUAAAAGCCAUGAUUUUCAUUAUUAGUUGCUGAAAGCUACAGCUGUGCGUCUCAUAAUACAUGCUACUGGUCUGAAAAGAAAUUUCUGAAACCAGCUGGUUUUCUAAUUGGAGCUACUUUGGCUUUGAGCUUCUACAGAUGUGAUUUUUUGUUUCUUUGUUUUGUUGUUUUUCUUCGCAGAACACUGUGGCACUUAAAAGUACAUCUACAGCAAACUCAGUCUGUUGUCUUUGGGCACCUCCAGGUACUUGUGUCCAAGAGAGAAUCAAAUGACUGCUGAAAGUAGGAGGAGACUGUCUAUUUUGGAAAUUUGUAGUUUUUCCUAUUUGUAUUUGCAACAUAUUUUAUAUGUUGAUACUUAAUAUUUUGCUUAUAGGUUUUGGGUUUUGAAUGGUUAAAACCUCUGCCAGCUCUAUGUGUGUGGGAAAUAUACACAAAAUGUGAGCUUGAAAAUAAAAUAAGAAUGAGUGCUUA